GUGUGUGACACGUGUGUCCCUGUCUGUCCAGCCAUGGCCGAGUACCGCGUCCUGCUGGAGGAGCUGGCCCAGAACAUCACGGCCGAGGACCUGGAGCAGCUCAAGUCGGCCUGCAGGGAGGACAUUCCCAGCGGGGAGGGCGACGCCAUCAACACCGGCCAGCACUGGUUCGACUUCCUGGAGCGCCACAGCAAACUCUCCCCAGCCAACCUGUCGUACAUCGAGCACAUCUUCGAGAUCUCACGCCGGCCGGACCUGCUGACCCUGUAUCCAUGUAUCCUAUAUCCAUGUGUCCAUGUAUCCCUGUGUCCAUAUAUCCAUGUGUCCAUCUAUCCUAUAUCCCAAUAUCCCAAUAACCCUAUAUCCCUGUAUCCCUGUACCCCACAGCCAACCUGUCGUACAUCGAGCACAUCUUCGAGAUCUCUCGCCGGCCGGACCUGCUGA